UAUAUUUUAACUCAAGGCUUUUUCUUCUUAGAUAUCAGGAUAAGCUAUGACACAGGGGACACACUCUGAACAGAAGACUUUGAUGACUCAGGAUGACUGUGAAGUGGAUGUCUGUUCUGCUGAUCCUGCAAAUGGGUUGUUACUUAAGAUCUGGGAACUGUGGGAAGGUGUUGGUAUGGCCAAUGGAAUACAGUCACUGGAUGAAUCUAAAGACAAUACUGGAUGAACUUGUACAGAGGGGACAUGAAGUGACAGUUCUGAGACCUUCAGCUUCUAUCUUCCUUGAUCCCCAAAAGUCACCUGGUCUGAAAUUUGAGAGUUUUCCUACGUCUAUCAGUAAAGAUGAUCUAGACAAGGUUUUUACAAAGGCUGUGGAUGUAUGGACUAAUGAAGUACCAAGAGAAUUGUGUUUAUCCUUCUCUCCUUUGCUACAAAACCUGUUUGAGGAAUAUUCUAAUAGCUAUCUAAAGAUUUGCAAAGACACUGUUUCAAACAAACAACUUAUGACAAAACUACAGGGAUCCAAGUUUGAUGUCCUUUUUUCAGAUCCCAUUGCUCCCUGUGGGGAGCUAAUAGCUCAACUUCUCCAGAUCCCUUUUCUGUACAGUCUUCGCGCCUCUUCUGGCUAUACAAUGGAAAAGUUCAGUGGAAGAUUUCUAUUCCCUCCCUCUUAUGUACCUGUAAUUAUGUCAGGACUAGGUGGUCAAAUGACAUUCAUGGAGAGGGUAAAAAAUAUGAUGUGUAUGCUGUAUUUUGAUUUUUGGUUGCAGAUGUUUAACGAGAAGAAAUGGAGUCAGUUUUACAGUGAAACAUUGGGAAGGCCCACUACCUUAACUGAGACAAUAGGCAAAGCAGAAAUGUGGCUCAUUCGAUCCUACUGGGAUUUGGAGUUUCCUCGCCCAACGUUACCAAACGCUGACUAUGUUGGAGGUCUCCACUGCAAACCUGCUAAACCCUUGCCAAAGGAAAUGGAAGACUUUGUCCAGACCGCUGGAGAGCAUGGUGUCGUGGUGUUUUCUCUGGGGUCAAUGGUCAGCAACAUGUCAGAAGACAAAGCCAAUGAAAUCGCAUGGGCCCUUGCCCAGAUUCCACAAAAGGUAAAAAACCGAAAGUAUCCAAAGCUGAAAGAAGUGGAUGAUGUGCUUGGUGGAGCAGCUGUCUGGGAGAACGUGGACUCUACUGCAGAGCCGUGUCCAAAAUGUGAACAUCCCCGUGCCUAUUUCAUGCAGCUUCAGACCCGUUCUGCAGAUGAGACAAUGAUCACCUUCUCCAAGUGCCACAAUGCUCAGUGAGGACAUCACUGGAGAGACUAAGGGCAGGACUUACUCAGCUGCAGCCCUGAAUUUUGUGUGCUGAAGGUCUUUGCUGUGUGAUAGGAAGCUAACUCUUCUGUGGUGGAGGACCAGGGUGAAACAGGUCAUCUGCAGGUCAGCAGAUAAAGACCUUAAGGCACAGGGGCCUCCGUUCCUUGGGAAAUUCACAUGAGGAUAUUCACGUGGCUUCAGGUUCUAUUCUAUUCCUUCAUUUUUUGUAUUGAUAUAGUGGGUACUACCAUUAGAACUAGAAACUUGGUUUAUAGCCAAGGAUAAUCUUGAACCCUAUCCUUCUUGCCUCUGUCUCAGAAGUAUUAGAAUUAUAGGCAUGUGAACUAUGUCCAUUCUACGCAAUGCUGGGGAUUGAAUUCAGCCUCAUGCAUGCAGACAAGUACAGAUAAGUAACUCAGUCAUCUGAGCUAGAUCUUCAGCCAUUUAAUCUUUAAGAUAAUUUUUGUUUUUUUCUCUCUAGAACAAUUAUAAAAAUAUCCAUAAAAUCAUUAAAAAACACUUUAAAAUUCAGGAUUGACAUGAUACAGCUUCUAUGAUUAAUAACUAAACAAACCUAUGUUAUUUGAAUUUUCUGAAUAAUGUUUAUAGAAAUUUAAAGUAACCAAAAAUAUUUUCUAUUUCCAGCUAGGGAGAAAGGGCCACAAUAGAGCCUAUGCCUAACACUUACAAAAGUCUGUUUUUGAACCACAUUCAAAAACCUAUUAAAAACCUCAAUAAAUUUUAACAAAAUUUCAUAAGUCAAUCAAUCAUCUACAUUUACCAGAGUAUUUUUUAAUUACAAAACCAGGAGAACUCCAGAGAGAAGGGGGACUCCAUGUGUCUGCUUUUCACUGUUCUCUGAUGACCUUGUGAAUAUCCUGUAUCUUUUCCUUAGAAAUCAGCCAUCGAGAUGUCUAGAUAGGGUCAAUAGGUAUUUAUAUAAUUUAUGACUCCUAUGAAAUGUUAAGUCAUACUUAUGUCCCCAUGUCUUUGGAAAUAUAGGCCCCAUAAUCUCUUGCAUCUGUUUUCCUAGUGUUUUUCAUUUUUGACAACUUAAACUUUCAUUAGAAUUUUGAUUGUGGAGAAUGGGUAUCAUUAGAUGUGGGAAUAUAGAUCUCUGCAUGAGUCUCUUGUAGAAAGCCUCUUUACCAAAAUUAAUCAGAAUAUGAGUAACACAAGGCUGGAGGAUUUUCUUUAUGUCUUGUAAUUUUGAAGAUGAUUCUGUUUCAUCUUUUAGAACUCAUAGUUUCCAACUUAAUUAGGGUUGAAUUUACCCCCCAUAACAAGUCAUCCAGGUGCCCAUUAUUCUAUGGUUAUAAUAGAAACAUCAGUCUCAUCAUAGCUAAAUAAUACUGUAAACAUUUUUUCAUUUACUUUUAAGUCCAAUGAUGGUUUAUCAUUUUCCUUUAGUAAGGCUCUUAAAUCUACAUAGUCUUACUUGUAUUGAGUCCUUGCUCACAAACCAUGUUUAUUUGUGAAAGGCUUUAUAGACAUUAGUAAAAACUGCAAUUUUCCUUCUGGUUAAAGGACCAAUUUGUAGGCACUGUAUUCAUGACUGCAGUUUCCCCUGUUAAAUCUUCAUCACUGAUUCUGUAUGAACUAUGAUUGCAUUCAUGGAUAAACUACUGAAACCCAAUAAAAGUCCAACUCUUUGAGGCAUUAUAAAUCGCCAAUAUUCUGUGUGUAACCUUAAAGGACAUUGAAGAGAGGAAGCAGCAAUACGUAAGGGUGAGGACUCCCAAUAGCAGCACUUCCUUGAAUGACAUCUUGGAAAAAAAAGACUAGUUUGAUUAUAAUCUGAAGUCUGACAUCAAUGUUGUUAUUUAUGCCUUAAAAGCCUCUAAUUUUGUGGAUUCCUUAGGAGACCCCUAAACAUAUUUUCCUACUGUUAACUAGUAUUGUUUUUGUUUCCAGGCAAUGUAUUCCCAUCCUUAUCAAAUCUGUUUCAACAUUUCUUAACCCAAUGUUUUCUUUCCUUGCAUAUAGUGUAAAACCUGGAACUCAUUGAAUCUGAACAUACAAUUGUAGGAGCAAUUUACAUUGCUUCUUCAAGUAGUCACUUUGCUAACAUCUAUUUUUGUAAUGCAUAAAUGUUUAUAUCAGCUAAUUUUGCUCUUUGAUUGUAGAUCCCUAUAUUCUAAAGUUAAUUAACUUCGGAAAAUCCAGAACAUUUUCUAUCUCUCUUUGAAGCAUGAUUAAUCCUUGGCAAUCUUUAUCAACGUUUUCAAAAGCUAAGUGUUUUAAUAAUAACGCUCGAUUUUUUCCCCUUCUGCUAAAUUUUUAAUAGCAUCUUUGAGUUUCUCUAUGAAAACAGCCAUAAGGCAGAGAGGAACUUUCCAUUUUUACUACUUUCUUAGGCCUGAUCAGAUUCCAUUUCAGCUAAAUCUAGGAGGCCAUAGCUACAUCUCUAAUGUGGGAGAAGCUGUCAAAAGCAUAUUAUGCACCUGAUAAUCUAUUGAUACCAAUCUACCAAUCUCUGUCAGCAUUUCAUAUGUGAUAUUUAGGAUUACCCCAGUCCUUGCAUUUGAACUUUUUAUGGGCUUUCUCUGCAAAUCACACUUGCCACUGAAGAAGUCUGAAAGGGUUAAGAAACAUUUUAGCAAAUAUAUGGAAAUCAUACAGCAACCGUAGUGCAUUAUUGUUCCAACCAAAAAGAUUCAUAACGUCAUGAAGCAGUAGAUCCACAGAAAGAGCAAGCCUUCCAAAAAUCCUUCAUUUUAUCCAUGUGUAGCCCAUGCUAAACACUUUUAUUUUGUUGAAAUUACACUGAAACACCAAGCUGAGCUCAUGAGGUCAAGGAAUUGGUAAAUUAAUUCCUUUUCCUCUCAUGCCAUAGCUUGUCAAGGUUGUAAACUUAAGCUUUUUCAUAAAUUCUCAGAAAUCCUCAUCAAAAAGUAGAAAGAAUGCAAGGUUAGGUUGAAUAUCAGAUUACUUACCCUAUGCAUCAGGAGUGUCUUUAGAGAAUACAGGAAACAUUUUUAAAGGAGACUCCAAAAAUUGAGCUGAAGGAGCCAUCACCCGCAUAGUUGACAGUGGUGCUGUAUUUACUUUGAUAUUACCUACAAUGGGAAAUUUUUCUCAAUUUUCCUUCUUUCCUAAUUUUAUGAUGUUAUCAGCAAGUUUAUAUUUAUGCAAGGAAUUAGUCAUUUCUUCCUCUUGAUUAAUAACCUCCUUAUCUUCAUUUAGUAUUUUAUAAUAAUUCAAAUGAAUGCCUAAGUGACCCAAAUUAAAUGGGGAUAUCUUCCCCUUAUUUAUAUGCUUUUCCAAUAUUCAUUCAACUGUGCGAGAUAUUUCUUCAUCUAAAGCACUUUCUCCUGGAAACUUGGGGUUAUAAUCAUAAGCAAUAGUUAACUCUAAUCAGAGAAUCAGACAAUGUACAAUUUGAGGGUUUAGAAAGGUCAUAUGAUCAAGAAUCACAUGAGUGGAAGUUGUAUACAAUCAGUAUGACAAGCCUGUGUGACAAAAAAAAAAGUUUUUCCAUAGAGUCUUGUUUAGGAUUUUAUUGCUAUGUAGAGACAACAUGAUCAUGGCAUCUGUAAUAAAAAAUGCACUUAAAUGUGGUAGCUCAUUUAACCAUUAUCAUUAUAAAGGGAAGUAUGGUACUAUGCAAGCAAACAUGGUGCUGAACCUGAGCAUGCUACAUUUUGCAGAGAAAAAGGAAGUCCCAAGUUUGAAUUUAACAAAGAUAAUCCUGAGGAUCUGCCUCUUUCACAGGCUCUAAAACCUUUCCUGCAUAGUAUUGACACAUAAUAGGGAAUUAUGUCAUGCCUUGAAAGUAAUAAAUUGCAGAUAUCAGAGUUCAGUUUCUUAUGAAUAAACGAAGACAGAAAAAACCCAAAAUGUACCUUAUUAUCAGAAUGAAUAUGUAUAGUAUAAAAGCAAUCUUUUAAAUGCAAAACUAUUAAAGGCCAAUCUUUAACAAUAACUGUCUCUAGGUAAACCAGACUGUAAAGCUCCCAUUGGCCACAAGGUGGCAAUAACAUUUCAAAAGUCAUUCAAUCAUGUUCAUUUUCCAGAUUAUUUUUGAAUUAUAAAAUCAGGAGAAUUUCAAGGAGAAAAAGAGGUCUCUAUGUGCCUAUUCUCCACUGUUCUCUGAUGACUCUGUGAAAAGCCCAUAUCUUUUCUUUAGAAACAGACCAGACAGGGUCACUAGAUUUCAUUUAAUUUUGACUCUUAUGAAAAACUCAAGUCAUGUUUAUAAUCAUGUCCACAUGGGAAUAUAGGUUCCAUAAUCCCUUGUAAUUCUUCCUAGUCCUUACAUUUUCAAAAACUCAGUAAUUUCUUUAGCACUUCUGCUUGUGAAGUUGACUGAAAGUUACACUGAUAUAAACUUGACGCAAAGAGAUCUCAAAGCCCACCCCAUAGUGACUUACUUUGUCCAGCAAGACCACACCUACUGAUAUUGCCACUCCCUUAGGGGUCCAUUUUCUGUCAAACCAGAACAGAAAUGCACAAAGGGCAGUUUAAACUUUAUCUGGAUGACAAUAGUAAGCAGUAAUGGUUAACCUAAAAUAGAUCCACUCUAUCUGUUAUACCUGAAAGGAGGGUAAAAUACACUGACCAAAAGCAAUCUAGCAUUUUGAAGAAAUUAAGGUCACAAGACUCUUGUCUUGUUUUCUUAGAGUGUUUUCUCAACCACUCAGAAUUCUGCUCAUGUGACUCCAUUUCUGGAUCAUGUUCCAAAACAACACUAUGCAAAAUUACUCUUUGGAUGGAGAAGAUGAUUCCAUAUUGUUAUUAAUCAACACAUUGACAUUGUUUCAAAGAACUUCAGACCAAAGAGAAUUGUGGAUCAGGAAUAUUUGUCAUGAAUAAGUAAUCAAAGCCUAAAAACUUGAAAUUCAAUGAAAAUAACGUAUAAGAAGUUAAUAAAUGUAAAAGACCAAAAGCAUUUAAAAUAUAAUAGUGUUAAAAGUAGACUAUUAGAACUGUCAAAAUAUGUUCAUAUAAAAUAUUAGUCAUUAAUAAUGUGCCACUCUUCUCUGAGAUUGAAUUAUAUCCCCAUGGGAGUAUAUUAAAUAUUUUCAUUCAUCAUUAGCUAUCUCAUUUGUCUAAAAAUCUCUGCUUAGAAAAAUGAUGAUUAUGUUCAACCUGCCUGAAUGUAAAAAUAAGCACAGACUCUGCUGUCACAAUCUUCUUCUCAGUCUCACUAGAGUUCUCAAUAUUUACCCUUUCUGAUGUCUUCAUCCAUUUUUAUGGGAGGUAUUUACCUGUGUUAUAUUUAAACAUAAAAAGAUCUAUUUUUAAAAUUUCUCUUUUUAAAUUAUAAUAAAAUUGCAUCAUUUCUCCCUUUUCACUGUUUCUCCAAAACCUCUUAUAUUCAUUCUCCUUGCUCUCUUUCAAAUUUAUAGCAUCAUUUUUAUUAUUGUUGUUACAUACAUAUAUGCAUAUUAUAUAUAUUUAUACUCCUAAAUAUAAUAUAUUUAGUUUGUAGAAUGCUAAAUUUGGUUCUAGCAAUAAACAUGAUAUAAUCUUUAACAGGUUCUUUGGAGAUUUGAGGGCAAAAUACCAGACACCUUAGGACCCAAUACCAGAGUUUACAAAUGGCUCCCCCAGAAUGACCUU